AAUAAGAGAACAUCGACCGUGAUACAUAAAUUCAGUGGCCCUUUGUUACUUUAGUAAAAUUUUCAAUGAAACUGAUCGGACUAUGUGCCUUGCCUAUGCACCACAAAAGAGGACGAGUGAGGCACUACCCUCUAUUCGCGCAGUUUGAAAAAUGGCGAAAUUAUUCCCUUUGUCUCUUUGCAAGGCGUUUUCGGUCAGCAAACAGCAAGUUAGAUCCUUACCGAGAUGGGCACAUAGACGUCCCGUAAAAGUAAUCGCCGCCGACGAAUACGACAUCAAAAACGAUGCGGAAAUUAAUAUACAACAGCAGACGAGCAGCGUUGAAAAACGUUCCACUGGUUACUCUAAAAUACAGUGGAAACACACUGUUAAAAGCGCAAAAAGUGACGAUGUUGUCAAAGAAACUCGACGCAAGUUCAAAUCGGUUAAACCGUUGACUAUAGUUUCGAGCGCGAGCUCACGCGCUAAGCCAACUGGAACCGCAGACAUGCUGGAAACUAUCAUAGACGGGGACGGCAAUUUCAUCUACACGAAAAUGGGAAACAACGAUUUUAGGAUAGCUAAACUCAUGGCAGAAAUCAAAUCGAAACGGGAAAAGGAGAAAAAUGACUUGAUGCUUCUGGAAGGAAAGAGACUGAUUACCGAGGCGUUGCUGAGCGGCUGUAAAUUAGAAUAUAUAUUGUUUAGCCGCGUGAGUGACGUUGAAGAUUUGAGACGUUACUUGCCGAAACUGGGAGCGAAAUUGUAUAAAAUGCCCUACAGGGAAAUGCAGGUUUGGUCUGACUUAACCACGAAUCCCGGAAUAAUGGGCGUUUUCAAAAUACCUGAUUCCGAAUUGGUCGUGCUUAAAAAUCCGCUACCCUUAACUGUGAUCUGUGACAAUGUUCGGGAACCAAACAAUCUCGGGGCAAUUUUGAGAACUUGCAGCGGCGUCGGCUGCGAAAACAUACUAUUAACCACAGGUUGCGUCAACAUAUGGGCCACGAAGGUACUCCGGGGUUCAUCAGGGGCGCACUUCAAGCUGCGUAUAAGCCGCAAAAUGACUUGGCUAAAAAUUCGGGAACAAAUACCUGCUAAUUCUACAAUUUUUAUAGCCGAUAAUAACACCAUAUCUACCCAAGAAGUGGGCGUGGAAAAACAACUGAAGGACUUGAUCGACAGUGUACCAGUUGUACCUUAUUUCAGCGCCGACUUUAAGCGUGCGUCGCAUAUAGUAUUAAUCAUAGGAGGCGAAACGGAGGGUAUCAGCGAGGAGUCCUACAAGAUGGCGAGCGAAUUGGGCGGGGCUCGGUUGAACAUACCACUGAGCAACGGAUUGGAUAGUUUAAACACUGGCACCGCAUUGGGCGUUUUAGCAUUCGAAAUUAAGCGACAGUUGACCGUUGUUAACGCGAGCUUCAAAGAAAAAAUGGCGGUUAACUGUAAUGCAUAAGUGUCACAUUUUUGCUGAAUCAACCGUUUGUUCCUAAACUUAAAUUAUUUUAGGUGGAACAUUUGAAGUGCUUGUAUAGAAAAAUUGUUUUUUUACAGAAAUAUACAGGUUAAAAGUAAAAAAUGUUUGCUGUGACCUGAUUCACAAUUUUCGUUUUAAGAGCUUAAAAGAGAAAAACGCGUUUAAAUAUAAGGCAUAAGCAUAACACUUUGCUGAGUUGGCCGUUUUUUUGUAAACUUG